AUGUCCGACGACGACGAAUACUACGAAUUUGAGGACGACCUGAUCUACGAAGAUUUUGUGCAUGAUUUUGUCGAUGAACUAGCCCAGACCUCAUAUUACGAAGCGGCGCUAUAUGAGGACCCUGCGUUCGACGUCCAGGAUUACUACUCAGACUGGGAAUACUAUUCGGACGAUUACUACGAUGAUGACCCGACCGUGAAACAGCCCAACGCGACAACCAAAGCGCCCGCCACGAAGUCGCGCCGCGCGCAGACCGGCACCGAAUCGAAGACCCGCGACGUGCGCCCCCAAUCCUCCAUCAAGCCCGACAUCACCUCCUUCCAGGGCGUUAUUUGGAAAACACCUAGUUUGGAGAAAGAUCAGGAUGUCGCGAUCUAUUACGAGCCCGGGACUGGGGACAAGGUGGCGCUGCUCAAGAACUGGCGCGAGAUCUUCAAGUCGGCUCAGCCGACGCUUGACAAGUCGCGGUUGCGAAAGAGGAAGAUGGAGGACCCUGUCGAUGAUCUCUCGUUUGCCGACGACGAGUCUGGUGGCGACGACGAUAUCGACUACGAUAACAAGGAGAACGACCACGACCAGGUCGACAGCUCCGAGGUGAUGUCCGAUGUCGCCUCCUUCAACAAUACGAGCCAGGAUGGGGAUGCUGGCGAAGUGUCGAACACGACUCCCGAGUUCACUCAGUCUCCGAAGGAGGCGCCAACGUCGGCACCGGCACCGGCCAAACGGGGACGAAAGCGAAAGGCCGAGGCGCCGGCCGAUGAGUUGAACAAGGACAACCCAGGCGCGAACUCGACACGCUCUCGGCAGAAACGAGUCGAGUCGCGGAAGGGAGGUAGCGGAGGAAGUGCAGAGCCUGGCGCUACGACUGCCCCCGUGCGCCGUUCUACACGUCAGAAGAAGUAG